AUGACUAAUGUAAUAAAUGGGAUUCAAAAGGAAGAAAGUAAUGUUUACUUAAAUGAAAUUAGACAAAACGCAAAAAAAUAUAACUGGUUAGAAAAAACAGAAAAAAACAACUGUUACGUUUUUUCUAAAGACAAUGUAAAAAUAAAUAUUAUUGGAUUAAAGGGGCUAGCAACAAUAGAAGUACAAUUGAUAAAUGGAGUUCAUUAUAAAAUGUGUAGAAGUAAUAUAAGGAAAGAAGAAAUAUCUGAUUUAUUUUCUAACACAAAUUACAAUUCCAGUAACGAUUUGUUAAAUAAAACAAUAUUAUGUAACUAUAAUUUAACUGUAAAAGAAAAAAUAGAACUUUUUAAUAAAAAUGAUAGAUCAUUUUUAAAAAACGUAAAAUAUAAAGAUAUUUUUAUUGGUGGCAAUAAAAAUUUAUACAAAGCCUCUGAAACAAAAACAAAAAUAAGAAAUAAUAUUGUUACUCAUAAAAAUAAUGAAGAAUUAAAAAAUGAUUAUAUAUAUUUAUGUAAUGAAAACAAAAAUGAAGUAAAUAUUCCUAUUAAAAUAGAAUUAAUAGAAAAUAUUACAUCUAAUAAAAAGGAAAUGGAUAAUAUAAGUAAUAUUUCAAAUCAAGAUAUUUAUGCUAAUAAUGAAAUCAUUUGUUCAAGAAAUGAAAUAGAUAUACCAAGCUAUUUAAAAGAAGUAAAUUUUUAUAAAAAUAAAAAUGAAAAAAUUAUUAUAAAACAAAGUAAUAAAAAAAUUGGACAUGAAUCAAAAAAAACAAAAAAUAAAAAAAUAUUAUUUUCUUCAGAAGAAAAAAAAAAAAAAAAAGAAAGUGAAGAAAAUAAAAAUAGGAAUUGCGAAUAUGUUAAAAAAAAAACAUACUUAAAAGAAAAAAAAGAUGAGUGUGAUAAGAACUUAAUAAUUGACAGCAAAUCAAAUGAAAUAGGAAAAAUUAAUAAAAAUAAUGACAUUGAUAUUAUUGAAAAAACUACUUUAAAUAAAAAAAAAAAAAUAGAAGAAGGUAAUGAAAAUAAUAAAAGAGAGGAGUGUAGACAGAAAGAUAAAAAAAAAGAAGAAAAGAAUGAGAAAGAUAAAGAAAAAGGAAAUAAAAAAGAAGAUAAAAAAGAAGAAGAAAAGAAUGAGAAAGAUAAAGUAGAAGGAAAUAAAAAAGAAGAUAAAAAAGAAGAAGAGCAAGAACAUGAAAAUCAAAAAUAUGAAAUUAAUAAUGGAGAGAAUGAAGAACAAAAGAAAGGACAACAGAAACAAUUGAGAAAAAUUCAGUUAAAAUGUCCAGAGAAUGUUCAUAGAAAGUAUGAAAAAUUAGUAUAUUCUUAUCAAAACAACUAUGCAGAACACGGAAUUAAAUAUGAUAAAAAAAAAAAUAAAUUAAAAAAUAUAAAAAUUUCCAAUAAAUACAAUAAAAAUAUUUUUGAAAAAUUUAACAAAAAUACAAGGAAGGAUCAUUACAAGGAUUUUCAUAAAAAUUAUUCUGAUAAAAAAAAUAUAAUAAAUAAUAUUAAUAAUUUAGAUAUUCUUCAUAAUAACAAGUUUAAUAAUUUUAAUAAUACAUAUAAUUCUUUUCUUAAUUAUAGGAAUAUAAGGGAUAAAAAUUACAAUUCUAAUUUUAAUAAUUUCAUUUAUAAAAAUAUAUAUCAAUCUAAUUCUCUUAAUAUUUAUACUCUUAAUGGAUAUAAUUUAAAAAAUAAUAUUAUACAUAGUGCUGGAAUAAAUCAUAACGAUUUAUUAGUAAAAGAAAAAUUAAGUGAAUGUAAUAGCAUGAUUUAUUACAACAUAUAUAGAACAAAUUAUAAUAAUAAUUACUUUAUUGAUUAUUUUAAUAAUAACAAUAGGAACUAUAAUGAGAAUUUUAACAUGAAUUAUAAUAAUGGUUGUGGCAUAAAUUUUACUGAUUAUAAUGAUAUUAACUAUUGUAACAAUUAUUAUACUACUAAUAAUGAUUGUAAUCAAAAUAAUAUUAUCACUAAUAAUAAUUACAAUAUGAGUAAUCAAAUUAAUGCUAACACGAAUACUACUUGCAAUAAUAAUACUAACAAUUACACUAACAAAAGCAAUGUUAAUAAUAAUAUUAACAAUACUAAUACAAAUACUAAUAGUAAUGACAAUUAUAUUCAUUAUACUAAUAGCAGCAUUCUAAGUUAUUCUAUCAAUCAUAACAUUAAUUGUAUUAAUGGAGAUAAUUUCAAUUAUAAUAACAGGAAUAUCAUAAAUGACUCUAAAAAAGUGAACUAUGGUAGUAUUAUUAAUAAUCAGAAUUAUCAUAUAAAUAAAAUAAAUGCUUUUAAUCCAUAUUUACGAAGCAAUUAUUUAAACAAGUAUAAAAUGAGUCAUAAAGAAAAAUGCAUAAAAGAAAAUUCACGAUGGUAUAUGUAUAAUGUGGAAAACCAAAAUAAUGUGAAAAAUUUUAAUGAAAAUAAAAAAAUAUGGAGAAACAUAUAUCAUCAUAGAGGUAAAAUAGCCAGCAAAAAUAAUUAUCGUAAUUCAUUAUAUAAUAAUAUAGCAUAUAAUAAAAAUUACUUUAAUUUAAAUAAUUACUUAUAUUUAAAAAAAAAAAAAUAUAAUAUGAAUUACAAUAAUUACUACAAUUACUAUGAUGUUACUGAAGAUAUGAUAAAUUCUUCAUAUUUUUCUAAUAAUGUUAUUAAUAAUUUUUGUCAUUUACAAUUAUAUAACAAGAAAAAUAGAAAAGGUUAUCAUAAAAAUAUGAAAUAUAGAAAUUUUUGUGAAUCAUAUAAAAAAAGCAAUAACAUACAUUAUAACAAUUCCAUAACAGGUUGUGAUAAAAAUGUGUUAAAUAAAAAAUAUAUAGAUGUAUUUUCAAACGGAAAGAAAUUUAAUAAAUUUCAAAGAAAUUAUAAAACGAAAUAUAUCAAAAAAUUACAUGAUAAAAAUAAUAAUGAUAAAUUUAAAUCCACCAAAUUUAAUAAAAUUAAAAAAAAAAAUCAGAUAAAUAAUGUUCAAGAAGAAAUACAUAAAAAAAUAUCCUAUUUAAAAUACUUUAAACAUGAUCCUACUAAUUCACUACCAAGAUACUACUGUACAUUGAAACAUUUAUUAAAAGAAAAUAGUAAGAAAAAAAUAGACACUUGGUUAAAAAUUAUGUUGACUAAAAAGAAAUGUGGCUACUGUAAUGAAAAAUUCGAUAACUUAGAAAGUUUAGAAAAUCAUUUAAUACAAAUAAAAACACAUAAAGUUUUUUAUUGUUGUAAAAAGCCCUUUCCUUCAAUAAAAUAUUUGCAUAUACAUCUUAAAAGAGAAAAUCAUUAUGGUUAUAUUUAUUAUUAUUAG